AUGGUUGGUAUUAGGAAAUUCAUAAUUUUAUUUGCCUUUGUGGCCGCUGUUGCCGCCCAACAAGUCAGUAACGAAUACUUGCCACCACAUUUCGAUUUGGGUGGUGCCAGCUACACUGUAACUUCCGCUUCGGCUCCUGAAGCAUCUUACGCAGCUGAAAGUUAUGAUGUGGGAGCUUCGGCCCCCGCUCAUAGCUUCUCUGAGGCGGAUGGUUAUCGUUACAAGACCCAACGUCGCCGUGUCUUCAGAACUGCUCGCCGCCAUCGUCGUGAUGUCUCGACCGAAUAUUUGCCUCCAGCAGCCUCAGCCGUCUCCACCGAAUAUUUGCCUCCCGCUGCUUCGGCCCCUGCAGUUUCAUAUGCUGCCCCAGCUGCUUCAUAUGAAUCAUAUGAUGUAGGGGCAUCUGCUCCUGCUCAUAGCUUCUCUGAGGCUGAUGGUUAUCGUUACAAGACCCAACGUCGCCGUGUCUUCGGAACUGCUCGUCGCCAUCGUCGUGAUGUCUCGACCGAAUAUUUGCCUCCAGCAGCCUCGGCUGUCUCCACUGAGUACUUGCCACCUGCUGCCUCGGCCCCUGCUGUUUCAUAUGCUGCCCCAGCUGCUUCCUACGAAUCCUACGAUGUAUCUGCCUCAGCUCCAGCCCACUCCUACUCUGAAGCUGAUGGUUACCGUUACAAGACCCAACGUCGCCGUGUCUUCAGAACUGCUCGCCGCCAUCGUCGUGAUGUUUCCACUGAAUAUUUGCCUCCUGCUGCCUCGGCUGUCUCCACUGAAUACUUGCCACCUGCUGCCUCGGCUCCUGCUGUUUCAUAUGCUGCUCCAGCUGCUUCCUACGAAUCCUACGAUGUAUCUGCCUCAGCUCCAGCUCACUCGUUCUCCGAAGCUGAUGGUUACCGUUACAAGACCCAACGUCGCCGUGUCUUCAGAACUGCUCGUCGCCAUCGUCGUGAUGUAUCCACAGAAUACUUGCCUCCUGCUGCCUCUGCUCCAGUUGCAUCCUACGAAUCUUAUGAAACCGCACCAGCUGCCUCCUAUGAAUCGUAUGAAGUAGCAGCUGCUCCUGCAGCUCACUCUUUCUCCGAAGCUGAUGGUUAUCGUUACAAGACUCAGCGCCGUCGUGUCUUCAGAACUGCUCGUCGUCAUCGUCGUGAUGUUUCCACCGAAUAUUUGCCCCCAGCAGCAUCAGCUGUUUCCACUGAAUACUUGCCACCUGCUGCCUCCGCCCCUGCUGUUUCAUAUGCUGCCCCAGCUGCCUCAUACGAGUCAUAUGAUGUAUCGGCUUCUGCUCCAGCUCACUCCUUCUCCGAAGCUGAUGGUUAUCGUUACAAGACCCAACGUCGUCGUGUCUUCAGAACUGCCCGUCGCCAUCGUUUCUAA